GCCGAUAGCGCCCAUGACCCCACGCAUCUUCUGAUGUAUCGCCUUCAGUGCGCCCUAGUCGACAAAUGGGAGUGCUUUACGCUCAUCAGCUCAUGCCUUCUGAUGAUAUCUGGAUAAGCCGAGCCAAGCAGCGCGGAGGGCAUUAUCUCGCCUCCGUAUAGUCCAUCGUCCGACGUCCAGGGGUGGAUGCGACCUUCCGAUGUAGACGGCAUGGAAGUCCUACAGUGGUCGAGGUACGCAUGUAAGACGAUACCGCUUACAAGACUGAUGGGCAACAAUCUUCCACAUACCGAACUCGCCGAUUUUCAUUGAUUGUGUGGGCGUCGCAUACCCGCCCAAAUUUUGGUAAUGACCCGAAUUGACGCCAAUAAAGUAUAAAAGCUUCACUUCGGUUGAGCAGAACAGUAGAGAGGAGCUUCAUUCCUCUACUGUACACGAGACCUCUCCUACGAUGCGGCUCUCAUUGAUGCUGACAAGCGCUCUAACGGUCAUCGCAUCGGUUGCCAGUGCUCAGCGCAUCGGCAACCGCCGGCGAACAUGUGGCUCUGAGCUCACGGACGCCCAAGUCGCUUCCGCCCAGGAAGCGCAUGGAAAUGUCACCCUACAGGGUUUCGCUGACAUGGGCAUCCAGUCCUACACACCUCGCGUCAUCAAUGUGUGGUUUCACGUCGUGAGGUCGGGGACCACCUACGCCCAGGGAGACGUCGCGUCUUCUCAGAUUACGAACCAAAUCAGCGCACUCAAUUCGGCUUUCUCUGGAACUGAUCUGUCGUUUACUCUGGCCGGGACGACUCGCACCACCAAUGCAAAUUGGUUCACCGGCGCCAAGAAGUAUAACUGGUUGGAGUACCAGAUGAUGUCGGCGCUCAAGGUUGGCGGGGCUGAUACCCUGAACAUUUAUUCGACCGACCUCGUCACGGCAGGUCCUAACCUUCUGGGAUACGCAAGUUUCCCCUGGGACUACUCUAUUGAACCUCAAAUGGACGGUGUCGUUAUUCAUUGGGAUACCGUCCCCGGUGGUGGAUUCGCGCCUUACAAUCUUGGGAUGACUCUUGUCCAUGAAGUCGGCCACUGGCUUGGAUUAUUACACACUUUCCAGGGUACAGGCUGCUCUCCGACGGGAGACGAGGUUCCCGACACGCCUACAGAGAACGGACCUGCUUUUGGAUGCCCCAUUGGCCGCGAUACCUGCCCUGGCGCUGGUGUUGAUCCUAUUCGUGAGAGCAUGUCCUUCACGGAAGACAUGUCAAAGCGCUAA